UCCUUCUUCUUUAACCACACCCACAGGAGCGUUUCUCAACACUGCGCUGCUCUACCUGUCUCGAGGAGCCAAAUCCGUGUGUUAAAGGACUAAAACGACAUUUAAGCGAGAAGAAACCCCCUGGAAAUAUAUAUAAUUGCGUGUCUUUCAACUAAUAAUGGACUGAUACUUCUUUUGGUUUGAAGAUAAACUACUACCAAUAAGAGAGGAAACCCAGAGAAGAACGUAUUUGACUGCCAGCCAAGAACAUGGACUGGAAGACCUUCCAAGCCCUCCUCAGUGGGGUGAACAAAUACUCCACGGCGUUUGGCCGGGUAUGGCUGUCUGUGGUGUUUGUGUUCCGGGUGAUGGUGUACGUGGUGGCGGCGGAGCGAGUGUGGGGCGACGAGCAGAAGGACUUUGACUGCAACACCAAGCAGCCCGGCUGCGCCAACGUCUGUUACGACCACUUCUUCCCCAUCUCCCACAUCCGCCUGUGGGCCCUACAGCUCAUCUUCGUCACCUGCCCGUCGUUCAUGGUGGUGAUGCACGUGGCGUACCGCGACGACCGCGAGCGCAAGUACAAGGCGAAGCACGGCGACACCACCAAGCUGUAUAACAACACGGGCAAGAAACACGGUGGCUUGUGGUGGACCUAUCUCAUCAGCCUCUUCGUGAAGACGGGCAUCGAGGUGUCCUUCCUCUACAUCCUCCACCGGAUCUACGACAGCUUCUACCUGCCGAGGGUGGUCAAGUGCACCACGGCGCCUUGCCCCAACACUGUGGACUGCUACGUCGGCCACCCCACCGAGAAGAAGGUCUUCACCUACUUCAUGGUCGGAGCUUCGGCCCUCUGCAUCGUCCUGAACAUCUGCGAGAUCAUCUAUCUCAUCUCCAAACGCGUCGUACGAUGCGCGAACAAGAUCAAAAGGCGCCAUCGCAGAACACCCGUGAAUCACGACGACUACAACAACAAAGAAGACUUUAACAACGUGAAUAUGUCGAGGCAGGAGCUGAAGGAGAAGCCUCCGUCCUUUAGGAGUGCGUUCAAGUCAAGGCCAUCUGGACUCAAACUGGAAGACAAGAUACGGGCCUCUGCUCCUGAUCUGACCGUUUCUUCAUGAGCCGAACUCAGGCUGCAGCACUCGGCAGUGCUUGGGCUAGAACCCCAUAGACAAACCUCAGAAAACAGACUCAGAACUACGAGCCAAACUUCAGUUUGUGUGUCAGACACUGGAAGUUGAGUCAUCAGUACUGGAUUCAUCCUGUGGGCCCCUGUGUCCACAUCUAAGACUCUUUUUCUAUGCAUGAACUUUGGUUUCCAAGUCAACAUCCACGAUAUUUACAAGUCAGCUAGAGCCGAAUUGAUUUGUUAAUGAUAUGUGGGUUUUCUUUUUUUUGAAUACAAUAAAGGCCUGUGUGCCUUUUCAACUUCACCCCUUCACCCAUAUUAGAACAUUCCUGUGAGGUUUCUGUCUUUCUUCUGAUUGCAGUUUUUGACACGGGAGGGGAAGGAAACAAAACGUUCAGCUUCGCACAAGGAAGCCGGACACACCUGGCGGAGGUAUUCACCCUCCCUGCCAGUGUAUACAUACAGUGGUGUGUCUGUUGUCACUGAAUGUGAGAUGCACAUUUCAGCGACCUCUUUUAUUUAACUGAACUGACAUCGUAGCUUUAUCUUCACCUUUUGUUGUCCAGAUGACACUGACGAAAGGUAAACAGUUGUGCGUUGGUGUGUGGACACUCCAAAGUCAUAGACUUAUGGCUGAGUAAUACUUGAAGGUGUGCAAACUGGCCAAAAAGAUAUGUUUUUACUGCAUUUAUUUUCUCAGAUAAGCGACUUAUAUCAUUAGUAUGUUUUCCUUAAUCUAGAGCGUCGGCGGACAUGCUUGGUCUCAGGUUUAUGCUGCAGUGCGCACGCUGUACAUAGACUGCCUGUGUUUUGACGUGCUUGUACACAAACUGUCCUCAUCCAAGACCACUGUUGAUUUAAAUAAGGCGAAAGGAAUGCUGCUGUUUAAUUCAGUGUUGGUAGAGAUGGAGCACAGAGGAAGAGGAGGAGGAGGAGGAGGUGGAGGAGGUGGGAAGAAGGUUGAACAAACAGUUGAACUAUUACACAUUUUUUUUGUCCCUAAUCGUCCACUGUGGACAUCAGCUGGAAAUGUAUUUUAUGCACUUGUUGUAAAUAUUGUCAUUUUUACAAAACUAAAUAUAUUAAAUUUAUUGAAUGUG